AUGUCCGUGAUCAGCGCCUUGCCUUUCCUGAAGCCCAUUCACCUGAGGCCUCCGCGGAGCUCGCCCGGACGCCAACGCCGCCACACGCUUCCCGCCAGCGAGUUCCGGUGCCUCACUCCCGAGGAUGCAAUCAGCGUAUUUGAGAUUGAGAGAGAAGCAUUUAUCUCCGUUUCGGGCGACUGCCCCCUUCACCUGGAUGAGAUCCGCCACUUUCUGAACCUGUGCCCUGAGCUGUCGCUUGGCUGGUUUGAAGAAGGCCGACUGGUGGCUUUCAUUAUAGGAUCCCUUUGGGACCAAGAAAAACUCAGCCAGGACGCACUGACUCUGCACAAGCCCGGUGGCACCACCGUGCACAUCCACGCGCUGGCCGUGCACCGCACCUUCCGCCAGCAGGGCAAGGGCUCCAUCCUGAUGUGGCGCUACCUGCAGUACCUCCGCUGCCUGCCCUACGUGCGGCGGGCCGUGCUGAUGUGCGAGGACUUCCUCAUCCCCUUCUACCGGAAGUGCGGCUUCAAGGUGCGGGGCCCCUGCGAGGUCACCGUGGGCUCGCUGGCGUUCGUCGAGAUGCAGUACCCCGUGCGCGGCCACGCCUUCAUGCGCAGAAACAGCGGCUGCUGAGAUGGCGCCUUCCCCCAGCUUCGACGCUUCUCAGGCAAUGUUAGGGGCGGGCAGCCACGGACAGGGAGACAGAGCUGCGCAGCAGCAGCUGCUCUCCUUACAAGCAGCAUCCGUGCUCACGGCUUACUUUUGUGCCUGCCUGGUAUUCCAGCUGGCUGCCUUUUAACUAGUAGCUCCAGGCCCAGCCCACUUGCCUCUUAACUGCUCCUAGCGCUGACCCAGCCAUCGAGCUUACAGAUACGGAGCGAAAGGCAGCAGAACCACAGUAAGCACCCUUGCCUCUUCGG